UUGCGUAUGUGCGGUUGGACGUGUCCGACCUUAGAUUGCCAAGGCAGGUGCAAUACUUCGCGGAGUAAGCGGAAAUACUAUAGAACGCUUCGUGAUGAAGGGAGAUUUGCAGGGCGGUCCGUCGGUAGAUGAAAACGUCAGAUGUUACGUACGUAAUAUCGGCAGUCGACCCUUUCGACGGCAUUGACUCGCCAACAAACAUUUCCAACACUACAUCCUAGAUAUAGAAUAACUAAAUGAUAUUUAUUGUACGCUCUGGAGGCCUGUCCGAUUAUACAUGGUGUCC